CUCUUGGUCAAUCCCAAUGAAGACAAUUAGCUUUAAAAUUAAUAAUUCACUCAUCUUCGCGAACAUUGUAUAUUCUGAGAUGUCGGAUAACCUACUCUAAUCUCCCACUAACCUGUCCCAUUCCUGAACCCGGAAAAUCAUCAGAAAAUCCUAAGUCCAAUAAAAUGGGGUGGGGUAUGGUCGGAAACAGAAUGCCCUGGAUCAAUAUUAUAAUUGUUCUGUCGACUUCCUUGUCACACCCCAGAGCCUGGCAAAGAAUUACACUAGGCCUAAUCGGGUGAGGUUACGGAUGACCUCAGUGACAUAACAAUUACGUAUUCUCCAAAACAGUAUAAGAGAAGUUGGACAGUUCUUGUGUACUCAUUGAUGUUUUUGUCAGAGGUUCGAUUUGUUAAUCGACGAGAUGCGUUUGUUUUGGAUUUUUUGCUUUGCCAUUGGAUUUUGGGUCGUGAAUUCGAUGGAUAACGGUGACGACGGUGAUGGUGGCGGUAAUGGUGGGCAUGGUGAUGGUGGUGACGACGGAGGUAAUAAUGGUGCGGCUAACGAAGGCCAAGAAAGGAGACAUCUUCAUGGCUACAGCUUGAAUCAGCGUUUGGACUACGUGGAUACUUUUAGGCUGCACCAUGCGAUGGGCAUUGCGCAUGCCCGGUCUUGUCGUUCUUUUGCCGUACAUCACCGCAUCCAUCCAAGGACAUUCUCAAGAUGGCUAGACCAGUAUGAAGAGAUGUCGGAACGCCGCGACAGGUGCACCCAAAUUGAGAGGAGACGGCGGAGGAUUCGGCAGCAUGGCAAUGAUGAACAAGCGUUUUGGGCAGACAUGGAAAAUCAGCUCAACGACUGGUUUAUUCAACGCCGCCAGCAUGGAAUUCCAGUAUCCGGGAUCGAUCUCCAGUCACAAGCAGCCAGAGAAUCCAGACAAUGGUGGACUAAUCUGACGGAGGAACAAAGGCAGCAGACGAGAGCGCAAAGGCCUCGCAAUCAGGAUUUCCGAGCGUCAGAUCACUGGCUGACCCGAUUCAAAGAAAGAAAAAGAAUAAGCCAUCGAAGAAAGAAUAAGGACACGCGAACCCUCCCCGACAACGCUAUGGAAAUAGCGGCCGUCUAUCGUAGGGAAACGUCUCAAAUCAUCCAAAAUGGAAAUUUCCAUGUGAUCAUCAACAUGGAUGAAACAUUUGUCAACUUUGACAUGGUGCCGAAAACCACAAUGGCUACAACAGGAUCACAUUCGAUCGACAUCAGAUCCUCAAGAGGGAACGGGAAGAUUGGAUGCACGGUAACCUUGGCCGUCUCCAGCGAUGGACGAAAACUACCAGCUGAGGUCAACUUUAGGGGCUUGGAUGCCGAAGGCGAAGUUAUUGCAGAACUGCGAGCCCAUGCUCCCCAGAACGUGCGAGUUACAGGUACUCCGAAUGGCUAGGCAAGACAUCAGUCAUUGAUCGAAUGGUUGCAAGCCAUUGUUGUGCCAUUUAUUGCCGGAGCAACCUUUCUCCUCAUCUUGGAUCGCUACCCUGCCCAUAGACAUCAUCUGUUUACGGAGGAAAUUCCGCGGCAAAAUGGACAGGAUUCGUUCAUUCCUGGACGAUGCACUUCAAUUUUGCAACCUUUGGACUUAACUGUAAAUCGCAGUUUUAAAUGUCAUCUCAGAUUGGUGUGGAAAGCCUGGAAGAUUGGACAUACCGAAGAUGAUGGACACUGUGAUCAGAUUUCCCGCCAGGAAGUAGUACGUAUGAUCAGUCUCGCCUGGGAAAGAGUGGCAUUCCAAGUGAUAGUCAGUGGGUGGAGACUAAGUGGACUUCUUCCGGACGGGAAUGACGACCCAGUGAUCCCGCAUCCAGCAGAUGGGGAACUUGAAGAGGUUAAUGAUGAGCUUGAGUUUGACCCUGAUGACGCUGAUGUUGACUUUCAUGAUGAAUAAAACCUUAUCAGAAUGUUAAUCUUCUGUUCAAUUUUUUCUUUAAUGCCCAUUAUCAGGCAGUAGAUCACCCUGUUCUUUCGUCCCAGUUCCAAUCUAGUGAGUUUACCCUUCCAUGUCAAAGACGAGGCCACUCUUUUUAACUACAGGUGAUGAAAUCAACAAUCAGGCCCGAUCAAAGUUUAAAGACUCCUUGUGGGUGUUCCUAGACCACUUCACUGCUUAACUGCAGAAUAGCCAGGACUCUUCUAUAAUCACCCUUAUUCCAUUGGGCAAUUGAUCGGUUGUAGUAGCUCCCAUUGUGUAAAUACAGUGUGUUAAAUGGUGAACGAAUCGCCACAGUGAUCUUGAGCUGUUACGAAACUGUGACCCUAAUUGCCCCGGUCGCCCAGCCGCAGUACACGUAAACGACUACGUGACUAGGCAAGAUUGUCGUAAAGACUUACAGUGUCCAUUGUCAUGUCACUACUCCAGGCUGUUCCAUAAAUUGAGCUCUGCCCCAACCAAAAUUAGCAAUAUUCGGACUUAGUCCCUUGCGAUAGGGUUUGGAAAUGGGACAGGUAAGUGGGAGAUUAGAGUAAAUGUCCAUGCUUGAUAUCAUAGUUUCGUUUGUGAGUUCCAUUGCGUAAAUAACGCUAAUUACAGCAAGUCCUUUUUAGGAUAUAAAGACCAUACUAAAUUACAGCACAGCCGGUAGAAAUAAUUCUUUCAUUGUCUUUGAUUACAGUGACCAAUUCCCCUCUUGGUUCAAAAAUGCACUUUGUUUGAAUGAACUAUCUAACUACAAUAUCUCUCGUAUUGGCCUACAAUCCACCGAAUAGAUUCUUGGAGGGCUGGGCAAUGAUUUGUCGUGCCUGACUUAAUUAAAUCAAAUACUGUCAUGGUCUUUUGGGCUUUCUUUCGUUUGUCUAUCCCUCCAGCAUGCAAAGUGAUGGCGUCACGUGAAACCACUUCAUACACAAUAGAUAUACAACCUACCUGUGUUGAGUAAUCGCUUUCAGAAGUAAAAUGUGCCUG